UCUCUCUCCCCCCAGCUCCCUCCCUUUCUCGAUUUUAAUACAAACAACCUCCUUAUCCUCCGGCCACCGUCUUCGGCCCAGCCCUUUGUUCCGUCCGUAGGCCUCCUGUGUUCUCCUACAAACCCUAAGAUCCGACAAUGAGAGAAAUCCUGCACAUCCAGGGCGGCCAGUGCGGCAACCAAAUCGGCUCCAAGUUCUGGGAGGUCAUAUGCGAUGAGCACGGCGUCGACCCGACCGGGAGGUACAACGGCGACGAGGCCUCGGAUCUCCAGCUCGAGAGGAUCAAUGUCUACUACAAUGAGGCGUCCGGCGGCCGCUACGUCCCUCGUGCCGUGCUCAUGGAUCUGGAGCCUGGAACCAUGGACAGCAUCAGAUCUGGUCCUUACGGCCAGAUCUUCCGCCCCGAUAACUUCGUCUUCGGGCAGUCCGGCGCCGGGAACAACUGGGCCAAAGGUCAUUACACUGAGGGAGCCGAGCUCAUCGAUUCCGUCCUCGAUGUCGUUCGCAAGGAGGCUGAGAACUGUGAUUGCUUGCAAGGCUUUCAGGUAUGCCAUUCACUUGGAGGAGGCACAGGUUCUGGCAUGGGAACCCUUCUGAUCUCUAAGAUCAGAGAGGAGUAUCCUGACAGGAUGAUGCUCACAUUCUCGGUCUUCCCGUCACCCAAGGUCUCAGAUACCGUCGUGGAGCCCUACAACGCAACCCUCUCUGUCCAUCAGUUGGUUGAAAAUGCUGACGAAUGCAUGGUCCUUGACAAUGAAGCACUUUACGACAUUUGCUUCCGUACUCUCAAGCUCAGCACUCCAAGCUUUGGAGACUUGAACCACUUGAUCUCAGCAACCAUGAGCGGAGUAACAUGCUGCCUCCGUUUCCCCGGUCAGCUCAACUCCGACCUCAGGAAACUUGCCGUGAACCUCAUCCCAUUCCCCCGCCUCCACUUCUUCAUGGUCGGAUUUGCCCCUCUCACCUCCCGUGGAUCACAGCAGUACAUCUCCCUCACCGUCCCUGAGCUGACUCAGCAAAUGUGGGACGCCAAGAACAUGAUGUGCGCUGCUGACCCUCGCCACGGCCGAUACCUGACUGCUUCAGCCAUGUUCCGUGGCAAGAUGAGCACGAAGGAAGUUGAUGAGCAGAUGAUCAACGUCCAGAACAAGAACUCGUCCUACUUUGUUGAGUGGAUCCCCAACAACGUGAAGUCAUCUGUGUGCGACAUCCCACCCAGGGGGUUGAAGAUGGCCUCCACUUUCGUCGGGAACUCGACUUCCAUCCAGGAGAUGUUCAGGAGGGUGAGCGAGCAGUUCACAGCUAUGUUUAGGAGGAAGGCCUUCUUGCAUUGGUACACCGGGGAAGGGAUGGACGAGAUGGAGUUCACUGAGGCAGAGAGCAACAUGAAUGAUCUGGUGGCAGAGUACCAGCAGUACCAGGAUGCGACUGCGGAUGAUGAAGGGGAGUACGAGGAGGAGCCCGAAGAGUACGAGGGAUAA